GAGAAAACAAUUGCUAGUUCUUCAUUUUAGAUCCAGUUUAACCUUCAAACUACCUCCAGAAAUGUCAGGGUUCCAGACAGCCCAGAGAUGUGACCACACCCAAAUCAACGUCCAGAAUUUUUACUACAGGUGGACCAUCAGCAACUUCCGUUUUAUUCUGGGGGAAAUUCAGGAAAGUAUUAGAAGCCCAACUUUCUCCAUAGGAGUCAAUGACAAAUGGUGUUUGAGAGUACACCCAAAGGGAGUGGAUGAGGAAAGUGCAGAUUACCUGUCAGUUUACCUAGUGUUGCUCAGCUGUCUAAAGAGUCCUGUUUGGGCAAAGUUCCAGUUCUUGAUGUUCAGCACGGAAGGAGAGACAACCCAUGGAGAGAGUAAACCUAUAGUAUCUAGGUUUGAGCCAGGUGUUGAACUGGGAUAUAAAAAGUUCAUCCUUCGAAACUUCCUCUUGUCCUUUGCACCUUGGCUUCUCCCAAAUGACAAGCUCACCCUCCUAUGCAAGGUGAGUAUGGUUGAUGACUCUAUGCCCAUCUCUGACCAGAACAGAAAGCCAAGAAUUCAGGUUCCCAGAUGCACAUUGGCAGAUGAGCUAGGAGAGCUGUGGGAGAAUUCCCAGUUCACAGACUGCUGCCUGGUGGCAGCUGGCCAAGAAUUUCAGGCUCACAAGGCCAUCUUAGCAGCUCGCUCUCCAGUUUUCAGAGCCAUGUUUCAACAUGACAUGGAGGAGAGCAGAAAUAACCGCUUUGAGAUCCAUGACCUAGAGCCACAAGUCUUCAAGACACUGAUGGACUUCAUUUACACCGGAAAAGCACCAGACCUGGACAGCAUGGCAGCUGCUGACAAGUAUGGCCUGGAGCGAUUGAAAGUCAUGUGUGAGGAUGCCCUCUUCAGGGACCUCUCUGUAGAGAAUGCUGCCCAUACUCUCUUCCUGGUUCACCUCCAUAGAGCAAGGCAGCUGAAAACUGAGGCACUGGAUUUCAUUACAGCACAUGCUUUUGAGGUCUCCGAGACCUCAGGCUGGAAGACAAUAGUGAAGACAUGUCCCCACUUGGUAGCUGAAGCAUACCAUUCCCUGGCUUCUGCUCACUGCCCUUUCCGGCAGCCCCCUUAA